AUGAGUUGCAAAAGAAGUAAUAACAUUUGUACCCAUGAUGAUGAUGAUGCUCUUAAAUGUAAUGGAAUAUAUUCUUAUUAUAUAUCACACUUAUGUCUUGGAUUAAUUUUUCGCUUGAUUUCAAAACAACCGCAAAUUGAUGAAACGCUUUUUGAUCUCGUUUCAGCAUCAAAAAUCACAAAAGUUCAGAUAUUUUACGAUAUAGCUUUUCCUUACGUUGCACAAAAAGCUCUAAAGUCUCGAUAG